CGGGCCCGUCGCCGGGCGGGAGGCGCCGUGGACUCGUCCCAGCGAGGCGGCGGGCGGGGGGCGGUGUCCUCAUCCGUGGCGCAUGUAUAUAUAGGAUCCUCCCCUGUCGACUCUGCACGCCUUAUCGUCACACACAGUCAGAUUGCGGGCAGCCAUAGACUUGCUUUGCUGAGGCAACUGGCCAACUGCUCCGGGAGGAAGACGAAGAGAGGAAAGCCAACAGGGCGCUGGCUGGCUAUCUAGUGUAGCUUUUUCUUCUAUCUAGUGUAGCUUUCACAAGAAAGGAUCCAUGGCGUUGGGAGACGACUCCAACCCUGCCUCUUACAUCCACACGGUGCAGCACCUGAUUGAGAAGUGCAUGACGUUCGGGAUGAGCAUGGAGGAGUGCAUGGAGGCGCUGGCCAAGCGCGCCGACGUCCAGCCCGUCGUCACCUCCACAGUGUGGAAGGAGCUGGAGAAGGAGAACAAGGAGUUCUUCGACCAGUACAAGCAGUGGAUAUCGGAGAAGCGAAGCGCGGGCCGCAGCUCCUAGCAAGCAAGCUGAUCGAGCUGCUGGUGGCCUGCUUAAUUAGUUUAAUUACCGUGCUUGUUUAGUUGUUUUGGAUUUGUUUUAUCUGUUACGGUAGUAGGCAAUACGAGAUAGGCAAAGGUCGGCUGCUAUUGUGAUCGUGAUCUGCUGGAGUAUCGAUCACCUAUAUACUGCUGGGCUGGUGCUGGGUGUGUACAGGGAGGGUAAGCAGGGGAGCUAUCAUGUGCAGUAGUCUAUCUCUUCUUUCGACUCUGUACGUCUAUACAUAUUUUAGAUACUAUACACCUUGGAGAGUGAAGCUUGUGAGGAA